AUGCAAGGUGCUGUGCGAACUCUAUUGGAGUGCAUCGGCGAGAAGGCUGAUCGUGAGGGCUUGCUUAAUACGCCUUCACGGUAUGCCAAGGCACUGCUGUUCCUUACUGAAGGCUAUCAAGUCAAUGUACAAGACAUUGUCAACGAUGCACUCUUCUCCGAGGCGCGCGACGAGAUGGUCGUUGUGAAAAACAUUGACAUCUCCAGUCUCUGCGAGCACCAUCUCUUGCCCUUUACCGGAAAGAUGCAUAUUGGCUAUAUCCCUUCUGGCACAGUCAUCGGCCUCUCCAAGCUUCCACGGAUCGCCGAAAUGUUCUCCCGUCGCCUGCAGAUCCAAGAGCGUCUCACCAGGGAGAUUGCCUGUGCCAUCAUGGAAAUACUGAAGCCUCAGGGGGUCGCUGUCAUCAUGGAGUCCACCCACCUGUGUAUGGCAAUGCGCGGCGUUGAAAAGACCAGUGCUUCGACAUUGACACGUUGCAUGCUGGGAUGUUUUGACCGCAGUAGCAAGACACGAGAUGACUUCUUCAAGCUCGUUGAUAUGAGCUGA